GCUUAUUGUUGCCACGACAGCUUCACUGAUACAGCUUGGGCGUUCUCUCUAGCACGAUGAAAUCAUUCAGGACUCUGUUGCUGUUCGCCGCUGCACUCACCUCCUGCUUAGCGGCCCCAGAUGGAUUCGGGUACGGCCACGGUGGCCACGGCGGUCACGGUUUUGGCCACGGUGGCCAUGGUGUCGGCUUUGGCCAUGGAGGAUUUGGCCAUGGCGGUUUUGGCCAUGGCGGUUUUGGCCAUGGAGGGUAUGGCCAUGGUGGACACGGUGGGUAUGGACAUGGUGGUACCUCUUUCAGCGUUUUCAACCUUGGCCAUGGACUCGGUGGCCACGGCGGGUACGGCCAUGGAGGAUACGGCCAUUAGAGAAAACGCAACGUAACUGACCCUGUUCUAAGCUAUUUAAAACAAAUACAUGACUUUAUUCAGA